UGAUUUCACACCUCAAGCCCCGUUUGGAUGGUAAAUAUUAUAGUUUUUUGCUGUUGAAGAGGAGUGAGAUUGAAAAAACAGAGCCGGUAGAACGAUCGGUGUUCGCCGCCGAAACUAGCCGUCCGACAAAUCUGCCACCGGAACCCUACCAAUCUGGGUAACCGUCUUUAGGUUUCUCCAUCGCCUGCGUCUUCUUCUCUUUUUCCCCCUUCUCUCUCUCUCUCUCUCUCUCUCUCUCUCUCUCUCUCUCUCUCUCUCAGCUGUUGGAAGCCAUUGUUGGACUUCAAACCGUGCUUUCACCCAAGACAGUGUGGACUCGUGCCAAAUGGCUGAAAAGGAUCAGCAACCUCAUAGGGAUGAGCUUGCAGAGUCUCUGAAUGAUCUCUUUAAUGCCAUGUCUACCAUGAUCACAUCUGAGCUGCAGGGCACAAAUAAUCAGCUGGACCUUUUGGAGAAGAUGAAUCUCCGGGUGGCAGAGGAAUACAAAGGCUUUGGCGAUGUGGCAUCCGGUUUAAGGGUAUAUGUUGAACAGUUGAAAUCCAAAAGUGGUAACUUUGAUGAGUAUGUGCAACAAAUAGAAGUUAUAGAGCAACAAGUGACUGAAUUUGAAGCUGUAAUCUCAAUGCUUGACAGAUACGUGUCUACUUUGGAAUCCAAAGUUCAAUCUGUGUAUCAAUUUCAUCCACCACCACCAGCACCACCUUCCUCCUAAACUGUAAAGCUUUUAUUACUUUGUUCAGUUUUUAGGAGGAAUUGUACAUCAUGGAGUUGGUGUCGCAUUAAACAACUUUUUUGGUUUGUUUAUCUGAUAAAUACAAAUUCAUGAUUCUGAUGGA